AUGGAAAACAUCGAUGAUGCAUCGAUAUACAGAUUACCGAAUAAUGUAAUUCCAAUAUCUUAUGAUUUAAAAAUAUUAACAAAAUUAGCUGCAAAUGAAUUUGUCUAUGAAGCUGAAGUUCGAAUAACGUUGGAUGUAUUGGUAAAGACAAACACGAUAAUACUACACACCAAUAAACUAAGAAUAGACAAAGAUAAGACUUUUCUAUACAAAGAAAUUGAUAAAAUUUCAAUCAACGAUCAAUACACAGAUACAAAUAAACAAUUGUAUAUUAUCAAAUGCGUGAAAUAUUUAGAAAUUGGACGAUAUACAUUGAUACUUUCUUUUACGGGAGAAAUUGCGGAUGACGUGUUUGGUUUUUAUAGAAGUUCUUACGAAGUUAAUGGACAAAAGAAAUGGAUCGGUGUAACUCAAUUUUCACCAACUUACGCUCGUCAAGCAUUUCCAUGUAUGGACGAGCCAUACUUCAAAGCAACAUUUACAAUAACCAUUGGUCAUUAUUCUAAUCAAACUGUUACUAGUAAUACCAAUGUCAAAAGUAUCGAACAAAUAGAUCAAUUUUAUCGUUUAACAACGUUCAUGACUACACCAAGAAUGUCAACGUAUCUCGUAGGAUGGUCGGUACACGAUUACGUGGUAGAAUUUGCCAAAUUUUCGAAAGAUUUUAAAAUCUGGACUAGAGAUAGCAUGCAAUCGCAUGGUAGUUUAGCUUUGAAUCAAGGCUGGUUAAUUUAUUCAGCAUUACAAGAUUGGAUGAAAGUUGAGAAUCCUAUUAAAAAGAUGGAUCAAUUUGCCAUAGCCGAUUUUAAUUUCAACGCUAUGGAAAACUGGGGUAUGAUAACUUAUCGCGAAUCUGUUGUCUUAUUUGAAAACGAAACAAUUCCAAUGAGAAACAUAGUCAAUGGUUUGACAACUAUGGCACACGAAUACGCUCACACGUGGUUUGGAAAUUUGGUAACGCCAGAAUUUUGGGAUGUCGCUUGGUUAAAGGAAGGUUUUGCCUCGUACUUUCAAUAUUUUGGACCAUCUUUGGUAUUACCAACAUGGAAAAUGAUGGAUAUGUUUGUCGUCGAUUACGUUCAACCAACUCUUCUCUUAGAUUCUAUGAAUCACGAUAGAUCCAUGAAUGGACGUAACGUUGGAAGUCCUAAUAGCAUUAUGGCAAUGUUAGAUUUUGUUACAUAUAGAAAAGGAGCUUCAGUAAUUCGAAUGUUAAAUCAUGCCAUUGGUGAAGACGUCUUUCAAAAUGGAUUGCAUUAUUAUUUAAUGGAAAUGUCAUAUCGUGCAGCAAGACCAAACAACUUGUAUAAUUAUUUACAGAGAUCUAUCGAUACUUUGUCAAAUAACACGAAUGAUUGUCCAUCAAUCAAGGACGUAUUCGAAUCUUGGGCAAACCAAGUUGGGUAUCCUUUGAUAACGGUAAAACGUAACUACACGAGACAUUGGACAUUGGUAUCGCAAGAAAAAUUUAAUCUACAUCGAGAUAAUGAAAAUAAAAUCAAGGACAAUGACGAAAAACUUGGAGCAUGGUGGAUACCUCUGACCUUCGCAACUAGCUCGUCUAUCAUCGAUUUUCAAAGUACUCGACCAAAGCUAUGGUUGAAUCCUCAGAAUAAGAGGACGAUGAUUCCAAACUUUCGUGACGACGACUGGGUACUCUUCAACGUACAGCAAAUCGGAUUCUAUCGAGUCAAUUACGAUGAAUCCAAUUGGAAGAUGCUUAUUGAUCACCUAAGAUCAAAGGAAUUUAUCUCAGUUCCCUCGGUGAAUCGUGCGGCACUACUUGACGAUGCUUUUAAUCUGGCAAGAUCGGGAUAUAUAAAUUAUUCGAUCCCAUUUAACUUGUCCAAGUAUCUUAAAAGAGAAACAGAUUAUGAGCCUUGGAUCGCAGCUAUUAAUAAUUUCAUGUUUCUCAAUCGAAUUCUAAAUAAAAUAUCUACGGUUCAUAAAGCAUUCCAGAAAUAUGCCGAAAAUUUGAUUCUACCUAUAUACAAGUUAUUAGGAUUCACGGAGAAUUUAUAUCACGAUAACGUACAAACGAAACUUCUACGUGAGAUAAUUUUAUCUACCGCGUGUGCUCUCAAUAACGUACACUGCCUCGAGACAUCGAAAAUGUUAUUUAGUUCGUGGAUAUCGGAAUCGAAUAAAACAAUAUCGGCAAAUUUGAAAAGUUUCGUUUAUUGCAUUGGUAUACGUAAUGGGAAUGAUGAUGAUUGGUUUAAAGUGUGGAACAAAUUUUUGGAAACGGAUUUACAUAUCGAACAAGAACUUUUAUUGUCUGCACUUGGUUGUAGUCGAAAUCCUAUUUUAUUGAAUAAGUAUCUCAACGUAUCGAUUACUCAAAGUUCGAAAAUUCGUAAACAAUACAGAUUUUCGAUAGUUAAUGCUGUUACGAAGGGUAAUCCAGAGAACGUUGAUCAUACUUUAAAAUUCGUUGAAAACAAUCUCGAAAGCAUUAUCGAUUCACGGGGAUAUGAUUUCUUAGGUAAAAUAUUGAAUACUAUUGGAGAGAAUAUGACAACUAAGGAACAAAUGAACAAACUUAGUCAUUUCGUCGAAAAUAAUACGAAUCGUCUUGGAUCAGCAUUAAAAGCAGCUAAAAAAGCAAUUGUUUCUGUUGGUGAAAAUGCAAAGUGGGUCGACAAAUAUGCGCCUAUCAUUGCCACAAAUCUCUAA